UCCUGUAGCCUAAACGGAUUGAUGGAUUUUGAUGUAUAUAAGGUAUCGUUAGAUUCGUCUUGAUCACGGGAGUAUCAUAGGAUGUUUUUUGAGGGUAACUAAAGUUAUAAAUUAUUAAUUUUAAAUAUAAAAAUAAAAUAAAAAAAAAACCCCAACUGCACACUAAAAAAGAGGAAAACAAGCCCCACAAGAAUAUUGUUGUUGAUGGUACAGUCGAGUUCAUAUAAUGAGCAAAUCCAAGGCUUCAAAAAUAAACGAGCAUAAAAAAGUACAUAUGCAUCUGAACAGAUUAACCAGUCAAAAAUAAAUACACAUAUCAUGGUACCACAAUCAGGUUAAUGUCAUCAGAUGGCCGGAAUCUUUUUCUCAGCCAUAUGGACUGGAAUGUGGUAUACGCCAAGGUGGGUUAACCUCACCGAGGCUGUUCAACCUAUAUAUUAACGCACUGAUAGAGGAGCUCAGUAACACUCGUAUCGGCUGCCAUAUCGAUGGAGUUUGCGUAAAUAAUCUGAGCUACGCCGACGAUAUGGUGUUGCUGAGUGCCUCGGCCUGCGGACUGGCUAAGCUCAUCGAUCUAUGUGAGAAAUACGCUUCUAGCCAUGGUAUGCUGUAGAAUGUAAACAAAAGCCAAUGCGUUGUCUUUAAGGCCAGAGGUAAAGCUACACCCAAGUUCCCAAGUGUCCAACUAAAUAGCCAUCCGCUACGAAUAGUGGAUCAAUUUAAAUAUUUGGGACACAUGGUGACCUCUGACCUUAAGGACAACGUAGAUAUUGAACGCGAACGCAGAGCGUAGUCCGUCAGAGCUAAUAAGGAGUGGUUCAGUAAAAAGUGGCGGUGAAUUAUCUAGUAUAUUUUUUUAUUUCUUACUAAUUAUGAGACAGUUUAUUUUUUUCAGUAAUCUGUAGAUAAAAUACUAUAUAAUAACAAUACAAUCAUAUUGAAAAAAUAUGAGAUUGUUUGAGUUUUCUCAUUUUUAUUGCAAUGUACUUCGUAACUUUUUGUACAACACAAUUUGACAAUCUUCACCUGCCGUUUCCCACAAUGCCAUACUUGAAUUUCAAUUUUCACAAUUAGUUUUAUACUUUUAGGAAUAUCAUCUUACGAGUAAAUUAUACCAAUAAACUGGAGUUCACCUGCGAUAGUCAGGAAGUCUCUUCAAUCUAACCUCUGACAGAGGUUUUUCUAUGGGAGACAAAUUUCUGUAAAAAUCGCAAAUACACAAAAAUGGAAAUUCCAUGUAACUACCUCAAAGUGAAGUCAAAUCAAAAAAGUGCAAUAUCGAGCAUAAGAUAAUUUAAUAAUGUAUUAAGUAGCUUAUCAAACUUAAAGAAAAAACUAUGUUUAUGAGAAAUACCUCAUAAAUUCUCUCAGAAGACGCUGUUCAAAAAAUCUUAGGAGACAAUAGUAUAAAAGACGAACACUUCAAUUCGCCCUUUCAUUUUAAAUACGAUUGUAUUUAAUUGUAAAGAAUAGUAUGUACGGAUUACUACAAAAAUGCGCUGCUUAAAAACUAUCACUAAAUAAAAUGAAAAAUCCACAUAAUGUGCUGCUAUUUUUUUUCUGAACCACUCCUCAUGAUAGCUCGCAGGCUUGCUCACUGUUCCAAAGAUGUAAAUCUGUUCAGAUGCAUAUGUACCUUUCUAUGCUCAUUUAUUUUUGAAGCCUUGGAUUUGCUCAUAUAUUUAUGAACUCGACUGUAAGUAUCGCUGGCGGGGACCAACAACCAAAAUGACUAUAAGUAACCCUCUGUUGGUCCCCGCCUGCGAUACUUACCAUCAACAACAAUAUUCUUGUGGGGCUUGUUUUCCUCUUUUUUAGUGUGCAGUCGGGAUUUUUUUUUUUACUAUAAUUAUUUUUACAGUACAUAUGGUGCUACUUUAUAGCACUAGUGCGAAAAUGACCAUAUUCCGUUACUGUGUCGAACAUUUAAAGGGCCAUAUGUACUGUGAAACGUUGUACGAUACGUGUGCGAAUAGGUAAUUCGCAACUCGUGUCGAUUUAAAACACUCCCUUCGGUCGUGUUUUAAUUUAUCGCCACUCGUUUCGAAUUUCCUAUUUUUCGCACUUGUAUCGUAAUGUACUAUUACAGUACAUAUGGUGCUACAUUACCGCACUAGUGCAAAAAUUAACAUAUUCCGUUACUGUAUCGAACAUUUAAAGGGCCAUAUGUACUGUGAAACAUUGUACGAUACAUGUGCGAAUAGGUAAUUCGCAACUCGUGUCGAUUUAAAACACUCCCUUCGGUCGUGUUUUAAUUUAUCGCCACUCGUUUCGCAUUUCCUAUUUUUCGCACUUGUAUCGUUGUCUCAAUGCAAAAAUGUGGUAAAUUGCUAAUGAUCGUAUUUUUAUUUAAAAUUAACAACUAUUAAAAUAUAAAUAUAUAACUUAUCUUGCAUUUCUAACAGUUGGGAAUCUAAAUCAAUGUCGCCCAUGAUCUGCACGGCGGCCGGGAUUAAAAAAAGAAUAUUUAUAACUGCUGCCAGAUGUAUCGCGACGUAAGCCAGAUAUUGUUAUCCUACCACAAAUAUAUGUCUUAUCGAAGAAGUUAUGUGAAAAUAUAACACGAGGAACGCGAAAGAUUUUAACCACGCACUUCUGAGGCCAAAAGAAAAAAAAAAUGUUAUAUGAGUUUUAGUCAAUUUUGCCAAAAAAAAAUUUUUUUUUAUCAGAUUUUUGAAUGUAUUUGUACAUAAAAAGUUAACGUUAUGGUAAAACUGGCACUAAAAAAGAAUUUUUACGAUUUUUUUUUUGUAAAACCUAGUUUCUGUCAAAGGUUACUUGUCACUUGGCAUCAUCGCUAUAAAAAUGCGUUUUGCACUAAAUUACAACAAGAAGAUUUUUUUUGGGUUCCGUACCUCGAAAGGAAAAAACGGAACCCUUAUAGGAUCACUUUGUUGUCCGUUCGUCCGUCCGUCCGUCUGUCUGUCUGUCCAGACCCUGUUUGCUCAGGAACGCGUGGAGGUACCAAGCUGGAAUUUAUAUUAAAUACUCAGGUCUACUGUCCCUUCGAGCUGUGAAAAAAUCAAACUUCUAAGCCAACGCAAUCAAAAGAUACAGCCGUUUAUGCCGCAAAUUUCCGCAAAUUUUCGACACUCGCAAGGGAGUCAAAACCUACAGGGUACUUCCCUUGAACUAAGAAUCUUGUAAUUUGGUACGAAACAACGUCUUAUAGCACAAAUAAAGAAAAUGUUGUGAAAACCGUUAAUUUUUAGUUAUAUCAUAUAUACAUACCUACAGGUUUGUACGGAACCCGAGGUGCUCGAGUCCAACUCACACAUGGCCAGUUUUUUUAAUUUUUUUUUUUUUAAGUUUUUUUAAUUGUUAUUAACUCUGAAACUAGUCGAAAUCCAGAACAGUUUAUUCGAUAUUUUAGUAUCUAAAUUUGAUCAGAAAUACCAGUGUAUUUAAAAUCAUUCGGUUUCCUCAUGUUACACCGUGUAUAGAAAUAAGGAAGUCAGUUAAUUUUUUCUGUUCCUAUCUAAAAGAAUAACUUCAAUUAGUUCAUUACAAUAAAAGACGCACAAGUUAGGCAAUAUAAUCCAAAUCCAAACUAUAUAACAUAAUAUUAUAAAUACGAAAAAAGGUUCUGUCUGUCUGUCUGUUCACUUUUCACGCUUAAACCGCUGAAACGCUUGAGUCCAUCCUCUGAACUGGACAACUAGUCGUUUACAAAAUAUUUGAAAAUAUAUUAUUUAUUACCGUGGAUGGAUGGCAUAAGUACUGAUUAUGCUUCUAACUCAAUAACUUUACCGCAAUUAAUAUCAUUACGAAAUUAAAUCUGAAUUAGUUAUAGAUCAGAUCUAAUUCAUAUUUGCAUACAGGCGGCAUCCGCUUGGUGAACCAUUACAUUUAAUUAAAGUGUUAAAAGGACUCUACGUGCUGGCUUCGGCUUCACGCACGCCUCCCAUAUGUCCGGAACACCAUUGUUCCGUAGUAGGAAAGUUAUACAAAUAAUAAUAGAAACAUGAAAUAAAACAACGUUGUCUCCAUACUUGGUCUGGGGUGUAUCAAUAGUCUAUUCAAUGUAUUUACUCGGAAUUUUAGCUGUGACAUAUAUUAUAACUAUAACUAGCAUAAAAUUGUCGCGCUAACAUCAGUACCCCUAGUGUAAAUAAAUUUGAUUUCCAAACGUGACGUACGCGUUUGCGUUUAGUCUCAUUUUGUAUUGGAUUUCGAAAGAGCGCGCCAAGCGGGACGUUUUGGAAACUCAAAAUCCUAUACAAAAUGAGACUUAACGCAAACGCGUUCGUCACGUUAUGAUGUCGAUCAUAGUUACACUAGGGGUACAGAGUUUCCAACCCGCGCAUUUAAAAUCGUUAUAUUAUUCUAGAGCCAAACCUUACUACACAAAAGUACUUAUAGGACCGAUUACGCAACUACAAGCAUUAACGUUUGUGACGCCAUCUCCACCGACGAAACAAUUGUUCGACGAUAUUGGGAUCAUCGUAACUUAUUUCUUGACUAAAGACCGCAAUGGCGUCUUAAGAAACGCGUCGUUUGACAACUUCCUGCCGAUCCCGCAUAACCCGCGCACCGCCGAGCGUUACUGGUUCCAGGACUGGGCCGCGGACGCCACCUACAAGAUCGUAGGAUUCAUUGCGCCGGAAGACUCGCCGUCGACCCAAAACCUGUACGAGCUUGGCGAUAUGUACGGGGACAACUCGCUCUGUAACAAAAUACUCCCGAUGGAGGACAACUCGGAGGACUACUGGACCGCCUGCGUCCACUCCUGCGACGCACAACAACACUCGCGCAACAGCACCACAUGCCACCGAUACCUGUUCGGGCUGGGGCACUUGGUGCUCGACAACAAUGACCAGCUAGUCGGCAUCGUCACAUGGACGUGCGGGAACAAUGCUCGGGACAGGGCUAGGAGAGGAGAUCUGCCGCUGCCUGUGGGGGUGGCGGUGCCCGACGCUCGCUUCGACUCAAACCUGAAAUGUGCAGAGAAGUUGAACCAGCAACCCAUCGACGAUUAUAGAAUUAAUGAAUAUCUACAUAGUACUUGCAAUUAAUAGAGUUAAUCAAAUAGAAUCACUUGGGGGCCCUUCCGUACGCCGUGCCUGUAAACCGCACUACCCUACACAUCCUUUUGGCAGAUCUGUUUCGCUCUCUUGUCCCUUAAGCCGUCGACAUCCCGAACCCUCUUUGUACACUCAACAACACAUGGCAAAUAAAGGUAAAGAAAGGAA